GCAAUUGAUUCCUUUCUUCUCUUGCUUGUAAUGGAUUCAGCGAGGAGCUGGUUCACCAAGCUCCAAACGAGGGAGAAAUCUAUUGGCAAGAAGAAGGAAUUGCCUCCCAAUAGCAAGGAAUCAGGUGAUGAUGCACCAUCCAGCGUAACCAAGCAGAGGGUUGCCGCUGCCAAGCAGUACAUUGAGAAACACUACAAGGAGCAAAUGAAGCAUCUGCAGGACAGGAAAGAGAGACGGUGUAGUCUAGAAAAGAAAUUAGCAGAUGCCGAUGUGUCCGAGGAGGAGGUGAACAACAUCUUGAAGCAAUUUGAGAAGAAAGAGACAGAGUACAUGCGUUUGCAAAGGCAUAAAAUGAACGUCGACGAUUUUGACUUGUUAACAAUGAUAGGCAAGGGAGCAUUUGGUGAGGUCAGAGUCUGCAGAGAGAAGUCCACAGGAAAUGUUUAUGCAAUGAAGAAGCUUAAAAAGUCGGAAAUGCUUCGUCGAGGUCAGGUUGAGCAUGUCAGAGCUGAGAGAAAUCUUCUUGCUGAAGUGGAUCACCACUGUAUUGUCAAACUAUACUGCUCAUUCCAGGAUAGUGAAUAUCUGUACUUGAUCAUGGAGUACCUCCCCGGAGGUGACAUGAUGACGCUGCUCAUGAGGAAAGACACACUGACUGAAGAUGAGGCCAGGUUCUAUGUCGGUGAGACAGUUCUUGCGAUUGAAGCGAUCCACAAGCACAACUAUAUCCACAGAGACAUUAAACCUGAUAACCUACUACUGGAUAAGUAUGGUCACUUGAGACUGUCAGAUUUUGGGUUGUGCAAACCGCUAGACUAUUCCAACUUCCCGGACCUAAAUGAAAAGGAUGUUACACCUACAAAAUCAUCAUCAACACAAGGGGAUGGGAAACAACAGUCGAUGCCAAAGCGUUCGCAGCAAGAGCAGUUGGAGCACUGGCAGAAGAAUAGAAGAACUUUGGCAUAUUCAACCGUUGGUACACCAGACUACAUUGCUCCAGAAGUUCUUCUGAAGAAAGGGUAUGGGAUGGAGUGUGAUUGGUGGUCUCUUGGUGCUAUCAUGUAUGAGAUGCUAGUGGGCUAUCCUCCAUUUUAUUCAGAUGAGCCUAUGACAACUUGUAGAAAGAUAGUGAACUGGAGAACACAUUUGAAGUUUCCUGAAGAAGCGAGACUAACAGCGAAUGCAAAAGAUCUUAUAAGUAAACUACUAUGCAAUGUCGACCAACGCCUCGGUACAAAAGGGGCAGAGGAAAUAAAGGAGCACUCCUGGUUUAGCGAAUUACAAUGGGAUAAACUAUACGAGAUUGAAGCUGCAUAUCUGCCUCAAGUCACAGAUGAGCUGGACACUCAGAACUUUGAGAAAUUUGAAGAGUCCUCGGAUAAUAUUCAGUGUUCAGCAAAGGCGGGUCCUUGGAGAAAGAUGCUUUCUUCAAAGGAUUUGAAUUUCGUGGGCUACACCUACAAGAACUUUGAACUCGUGAACGAUCAUGACGUCCCUGGCAUGGCUGAGCUGAAGAAGAAGGAGAAGGCGAAGAGACCAAGCGUCAAGUCUCUCUUCGGUACAUAUUCGCCUGAAGGGGAGGAGAAGAACAACCAGGAACAGGGGCAGGGCCCAGAGCAGCAGCGCGACGAGGACGCCGCCGAAGGAAGCGUGAGGAAACCGGCGGCGGAGCCCGAGCUGACCAGAAGCCUCAGCUCAGCGUCCACAUGAAAGUGCUGCUUCUCCUAGCAUCGCGCCCUGCCAGGCAUGGCGUCGGUGGUAGGGCUUGCAUCGCAUUGAUCCAGUCGUGUACAGGAGCAGCGUCCAUUUGAUUCGUCGGUAGAGUUUCCAGUGGCUUGCCGGGAGAAGAGGGAAAA